CCAGAGCAGCAGGUUCCAUCCAUGUUGGGUCUGCUGCAAGUAGGCAGGAUGGGGUAUAGAGGCAGCCUUGGCUUUGUUCUCUUGUGCUGGGUGGUCAAUGGGGUGACCAGUUACAAUCCCUGGGAUUUCUCUAGGAGGGACUCAGCCAUCUGGAGACCCACCCCUAGGGCUGAGUCCCCUCACAGAGAAGCCCAUGUGCCUUCUCUUGCCCAGCCCUAUCCCUGGGCUCAUGCUACCCAGCCCAGAGCUGUGUCCCUGCAGCAACCUGUCAUGCUGCAGUGUGAGGCGGCUCAGCUGGUGAUCACUGUGCACAGGGAUCUGUUUGGGAUGGGGAGACUGAUCAAAGCUGCUGAGCUGAGCCUUGGCCCAGCUGCCUGCCAGUACACGUCCCUUAAUGCUGCGGAGAACACAGUGACCUUUGUAGCUGGGCUCCAUGAAUGUGGCAGCACCUUGCAGGUGACCCCAGACUCCCUGGUUUACAGCACAAGCCUGAACUAUAACCCCACCCCUGCCAGCAACCCAAUGAUCCUAAGAACCAAUCCAGCUGUGAUUCCCAUUGAGUGUCACUAUCCCAGGAAGGACAAUGUGAGCAGUAAAGCCAUCAAGCCAACCUGGGUUCCUUUCAGCUCCACCCUGUCUGCAGAGGAGAGGCUGGGUUUCUCCUUGCGUCUGAUGAAUGAUGACUGGAGUGCUGAGAGACUCUCCAGUGGAUUCCAGCUGGGGGAGGUCAUGCAUAUCCAAGCUGAUGUCAGCACUGGAAACCAUGUGGCUCUGAGGCUCUUUGUGGACAGCUGUGUGGCCACCCUGACCCCAGACAGGGACUCCUCUCCCCGCUAUGCUGUCAUUGACUUCAAUGGAUGCUUGGUGGAUGGGAAGUCAGAUGACACCACCUCAGCCUUCAUAUCGCCCAGGCCCAGGCAGGACACACUGCAAUUUAUGGUGGACGUGUUCAGGUUUGCAGGAGAUGCCAGAAACUUGAUCUACAUCACCUGUCAUCUGAAAGUCACUGCAGCUGAGCAAGCCCCAGAUCCCUUGAACAAGGCUUGUUCCUUCAACAAAGCAGGCAACAUCUGGUUUCCAGUGGAAGGCACCAAAGACAUCUGCAGGUGCUGUGAGACUGGGAACUGUGGUUUGCUUGGAAGACAGUCCAGGAGAGCAAAGUCUUUGAAUAGAUGGCCAGGAGAGCACUUCCAAAGACAUGUGGUUUCCAGACAUGGGAUUAUUUCCAGGAGGGAAGCAGAAGCUGAUGUUGUAGUAGGACCCCUAUUCAUCAUGGAUGCCUAUAAAGGAUCUGCUAUGAUGUCCCUGGAUCCAGUAGAAGCAGGGAAGGCAGCCUCCCACAGGAGAUGGCACCAGAGGGGGCAGGAGAGAAGGCUUGGCUGAGGCUGACCAUGGUGGCUGCAUAGGUUUUUACCUACUUUUUAGGGGGCCUCCUCCAUAUCCAGCUGCCUCAGUUUCAUUAUGGGAGCUGUUGUGGGAGCUGAACCUUCUGUAUAAUGUAGAAUAAAACCCCU